GGCAGUCUAUGCUGUGGCAGUGUGUGCUGUGACAGUUUAGUGAAUACCAGUAGUAACAAUUGAAAGAGAGGGGGUUGCCGCAAAUUUCUCUUAUAUUUUAUUUGUACUUGUAGGGUCAAUGGUGGAGUUGGUUGCUGGAACUUGGAAGGGUCAAAAAUCUCCCAAUGUCAAAACUGGACAACUGACAACAUUUUAAGUAAUCUAAGAGACUGUGCUGUUCAUUGUCUUCUUCAUUACCUACUCACUCUCCCAAUCUGUUACCUCAUACAAACAAUCAUAAUAAAACUCUAAAACUCUCUUCUCCGUUUCACCAUUUUUGCUUCUCAGAUUUGCAGUUCCCUCAAUGGCGGUGGUUGUUUCUGCUCCUGGCAAGGUUUUGAUGACUGGGGGAUACCUUAUUUUGGAGAGACCGAAUCCAGGGCUUGUUCUCAGUACAAGCGCACGUUUUUACGCCAUUGUUAAACCCCUUCUCGAAGAAAUCAAGCCCGAUAGUUGUUUUUGGGCAUGGACAGAUGUGAAAGUGACAUCUCCUCAGCUUAAUAGAGAAAGCAUGUAUAAGUUGUCACUGAAAAAUCUGACUCUUCAGAGCGUUUCAAGGCAAUCGGGGAACCCUUUUGUGGAGCAAGCAGUGCAGUACUCUGUAGCUGCUGCAUAUGCUAUAGCUGACAAGGACAGGAAGGAAGUGUUACAAAAACUACUACUGCAAGGUCUUGAUAUCACCAUUUUAGGUAGCAAUGACUUUUAUUCAUACCGGAAUCAGAUUGAAGCACUUGGACUUCCUUUGUUGCCUGAAUCAUUGGCUGCUCUUCCUCCUUUUGCAUCAAUUACUUUCAAUUCUGAGGAAUCCAGUGGUGAAAAUAGCAAGCCAGAAGUUGCAAAAACUGGAUUGGGUUCAUCUGCUGCUAUGACAUCUUCAGUGGUUGCUGCUUUGCUUCACUACCUGGGAGCUGUUGAUCUUGCUCACGUGAAGUGCAGUUCAGAUCUGGAUGAGGUGCAUAUAAUAGCUCAAACUGCUCAUUGCAUUGCACAGGGGAAAGUUGGCAGUGGAUUUGAUGUUAGUUCUGCAGUUUAUGGUAGCCAUCGUUAUGUCCGCUUUUCACCAGAAGUAAUCUCUUCUGCUCAGGUUGCCAUAAAAGGUGCUCCCUUGACAGAAGUAGUUCUCGAAAUCCUAAAAGGAAAAUGGGAUCAUGAGAGAACAAAGCUAUCAUUGCCACCAUUAUUGAAUCUUUUACUUGGAGAACCAGGAACUGGAGGAUCUUCCACACCAUCAAUGGUAGGUGCUGUUAAAAAAUGGCAGAAGUCUGACCCCGAAAAAUCACAGGAUACAUGGACAAAGUUGUCAGAGGCUAAUUUUGCACUUGAAACACAGUUAAAUGCAUUAUGUAAAUUGGCAGAAGAACACUGGGAUGAAUAUAAGGAACUAAUUAACAGCUGCAGCUCACUUAAACCAGAGAAGUGGAUGGAGCAAGCCACUAAACAAAGUCACGAGGUCAUUGCCAAAGCUUUAUUAGGCGCCAGAGAUGCUAUGCUUGGGAUCCGGUAUCAUAUGCGUCUGAUGGGCGAGGCUGCAGGCAUUCCGAUUGAACCUCGCUCCCAAACACAACUUUUGGAUUCUACAAUGAAUAUGGAAGGAGUAUUGUUUGCUGGAGUUCCUGGAGCAGGUGGGUUCGAUGCAGUGUUUGCUGUUACUUUAGGGGACUCAAGCAACCAUGUCAUAAAGUCAUGGAGUUUGCAGAAUGUUCUCGCCAUGUUAGUCAGAGAAGAUCCUCGUGGUGUUUCUUUGGAGGCUGCUGAUCCUCGAACCAUUGAUAUUGCUUCGUCCAUUUCCUCAGUUCAUAUUUGAUUAAGGAUUAGUAUCUUCGAUUUGUAUUUGAUACAAAAUCAGUUGGUAAAGGUCACAGAACAAAAGGUGAAGAUAAAUAAGUUAACCAAAAUUUUAAAGUAGGGUUUUGCUCUUAGUUUUCAUAAAUGUUGCCCUACAAAGAAGUUGUUCAUGAUCAAUUUGAUAUUGCCAAAUUCAUCCAAAUAUGUUACUGCUUGUUUUUUUUUCCUUCUCACUAAACAAGGUGUAACUAGACCAUGUAUAAUGUCUAGUUAAAUAGUGAGCUUGUAUUAGUUAAAUAUUAAUUUAAUAUAUUUUUUUUUAAA